AUGCAGGCCGCGGCUGCCGGAGACGGCAAGGGCGGUCCGCUGGCAAAGCUGCGGGCGAAGCUGCCGCCCCCGGCCGAGCUCAAGAAGGUGACGCCGCUCGGCGCCAUGUUCUUCUUCAUUCUGUUUGCGUACACGAUCCUGCGGGACACAAAGGCGGGCCUCUCGCUGCCCCUGCUUCGCCUGUUCCCUGCCGCCGAUGUGCUCGUCGUGACGGCACCGGGCUCGGGCGCCGAGAUCAUCCCCUUCCUGAAGACAUACGUCAACCUGCCUGGCGCAAUCGGCUUCACCGUCUUUUACUCGUGGCUCUCGAACAAGUUCUCGCAGCAGCAGGUCUUCACCGGCCUCGUCUCCACCUUCAUCGCCUUCUUUACCCUGUUCGCCUUCGUCAUCUACCCCAACGCCGCCGCCCUCCACCCCACCGCCGCUGUCGACGGAAUCGUCGCCGCGCUGCCGGCGGCGCUGGCCGGCCUCUCUGCGCCGCUCGCCAUCAUCCGAAACUGGACGUACGCGGUCUUCUACACGAUGGCGGAGCUGUGGGGCUCGGUGGUGGUGUCGCUCCUCUUCUGGGGCUUCGCCAACCAGGUGACCAAGGUGGAGGAGGCGAAGAGGUACUACCCGCUCUUCGGCCUCGGCGCCAACGUCGCUCUCAUCUUCUCGGGGCUGUAUGUCCGCUUCGUGUCGGGCCUGCGCCGCACAUCCACCGCCGCAGACCCGUGGGCGGGCUCGCUUAAGCUGCUGAUGGGCGGUGUCUCGGCUGCCGGCCUCGUGGUCCUCGCGCUCUUCCAGUACAUGCAGAAGAAGGUGAUGACGGACCCCGAGUGCGUUCCUCCGUCGGCCGUCAAGCAGUCCAAGACCAAGACAUCGAUGGGGAUCAAGGAGUCGGCGGCGUACCUGGCGUCUUCGCCGUACAUCCGCGACCUCGCGACGCUGGUCAUCUGCUACGGCAUGUCGAUCAACAUCGUCGAGGCGAAGGGAGAUGGGAUGGGGGGGGGGGGCGCCGUGACGCUCUUCAUGAUGCUGGCGGGCCAGCGCAUCUUCAAGUACUUCGGGUGGGGCGCAGCGGCGCUGGUGACGCCGACGAUGCUCUUCAUCACCGGCGCCAUCUUCUUCUCGCUCAUCCUGUUUGGCGGGUCCCUCUCGCCGCUCGUGGCCGCCCUCGGCACCACCCCACUCAUGCUCGCCGUCGUGGUCGGCGCCGCCCAAAAUAUCCUCUCCAAGAGCUCCAAGUACUCGCUCUUCGACCCGUGCAAGGAGAUGGCCUACAUUCCCCUCGACGCCGAGGCCAAGACCAAGGGCAAGGCCGCGGUCGACGUGAUCGGCAGCGAGCUCCGCGCGGACCGCAGCUCCACCCGCAACCCGCUGGGCAAGUCGGGCGGGUCGCUCCUCCAGCAGGCCAUGAUCUUCAGCGUCGGCUCGCUCGCCGCGUCGACGCCCUACCUCGCCGGCUGCCUCUUCGUGAUCAUCGCCGUGUGGCUCCGCGCCGCGCGGUCGCUCAACACCCAGUUCACCGCCGCAAUGGCUGAGGAGGGGGCCGAGGCUUGAGCGAAGGGGGUCGUCUGCCCGCUGGAAGCACGAGCGCUUAGCACGCGACCGCUGAGUACUCGCUCGCGCCAAACCCCGGGCCGAGUGCGUGCACGCAUGUACCCACCUCCGCCCUUGGUUUAUUAACUCUGAGAAAACA